CAUAAUUUAAACAAAGACGAGUGGCAAAUACGGCUGAAAACGUUGAUAGAAGACAAUGGUGUCAUUAUUAAACCGGCGGACAAGGGAUCGUGUGUGGUUGUCUGGGAUCGAGACGAUUACUUAGCGGAAGGAUAUUUACAACUCGGAAAUGAUAAAAUUUAUACUAAGGUUGAGAAUUUUGCGGAUGAAAAAUUGGGUAAUUUAGUGGGAGAAAGUAAUGAAAUGUUUCAAGAUUUAUAUGAUCAGGGUAGUAUUUCUAAAGAUAUUUCAUACGAGUAUAAAAACUCGGGUUCAUUAGGUCGGUUAUAUAUUUUACCCAAAAUUCAUAGGAGACUUAGUAAUGUACCUGGACGUACCGUGAUCUCUAAUUGCGGAACUUGCACUGAGAAAGCUUCAGAAUUUUUAGAUCAUCAUCUGAAGCCCAUUAUGAAAACUGGUAAGUCCUACAUUAGAGAUACAGGACACUUCCUGGAGAAACUUAAAGAAAUUGGAAAG